AUGAGUAUUCCUCCAACACCAACCAGCAUACGCAGUAGCUCAACACGAUCCUCACUCUAUGACCGAUAUGCAUCGCCACAUGUCACUGGGAUACCACGACAUCAUUACUACUCUCCGCCACCACCUCCUGAAUUAGAUCAGCAUGAACUUGCACGCGUACGAAGCUGUUUAGCACAAAAAGAGGCGGAAAAUGCAACAAUGAAGCAAGCCUUAUCCGAAUGGCAGGCCAAGGUCCAAUCAUAUCGUGAAACUCAAGAACAACUCCAAGGCCAAAUUCGUUGUCUCAAUGCUGAAAUGGAAGCCAUGAAGAAAGCGCAUGUACAAAGGGUGGAUCACGAUGCCGAACUCAUUCUCGAGCUAUCCAAAGAAAUUGAGCAACUCAAAGCAGCAACGACGACUCCGGAAGGACCUGAAAGCAUAGCAACUGUGGAUCCAUGCGUCACAGCUGAGGAAACAUACAAAAAGGCAGCAUCACAAGUAUUGUAUGGUCGUAAAAAGGCUGACGCACUCAUUCUCGGUAUCAAUGAUAUGGUGCGAGCUAUAGAGGAGGAAUUAGCGUGCCUUGAAGCUGUACAAGAUGAUGAUGAUAGUAGUAGUAGCGACGCAAUGUCAUCAAUUCCUUCACCUGAUACGUGGGAACAACAACAACAUGCGAUGGAUUACAUUCCUGAUACAUCACAAAAGGCGGCAACAGCACAAAAGAUCACACCAUUGGAUGACAGCAAAGUAAUACCAUCAUCAGCCCCUUUAGAACCAUCUUCGACAACAACUAUGGUUACCAAGGAGAAUGGAUCACCUUCUUUAUCCCAUCAUCAUCCACAGCAUCAACAGCAGCAACAACAACAACGUAGUUUCAGACCUCGUUCGCAGACCAUGGAUACAUUGGUGAAAAAGGCAAGCAUGUUUUUGCUGCGACCAAACAAGAGAUCCCCAUCCACAAGUGAGCAGCCACAGCAACACGAAUCUCCAUGCCAACCCCGACCUACGCCUUCAUGCACUUCUCCUCAUCCUGGAUCAUCAAGUCAAACGUCUUCAAAAGGACCUGUCGUUUCACCACUCCAGCAGCAUCAUCGUAAUCAACCCUUGUUGUCAUCACGUAGCUCAAGUAUUCAAAACUUGAAUAUCAGCACCAACACAACAACAACAUCCACACCACUGGUCAACCAUAAAGAUAAGCGACGUCAAUCCAUGAUAUUUUUACCAUCACAACAGCAUCAAGUUAGCAACGACAUGGAUCAUACAACCUUGGACCAGUCGUCGUCAUCGUCUUCCAGGAGCAGGCUCAUGUACCAUUAUCAGCAACAACAACAUGCUGUUCAAGAAUAUUACCAACGGCGGCGUCGAAGUGCUAUUGUUGGUGGUGCAACACCUCCAUUUGGUGGUGGUGGCGGUGGUGGUGGUGAACCCAAGCCAACUAUAUCAGAGCAAUGGAAAAUUAGUAGUAGUAGACGGUAG